ACUUGURCAUAAGACUAUUGCUGCGUACAGUUGUAUGCUACGCGAGUAGAAGUGAGAUGAACGUAUGGUGCAUACAGCAUACCUAACAUUCACCUAUAAAGCGUGCCUACGGUAUACCAUAGAUUUAACACGGACCACGAGCGCUGACCCAGAAAAACAAUCUUUAAACAUAUGAGUAGGUAUAUAUAAGUACUGUAUUUCAGUAGUGGUAACACGAUAGUCGGCGAUUCAAUAAUUUUUACACGUACAUAAUCUAAUCAUAAUUUUUGAACCGCGGUGCCUUUUACCUAUAGUUGAUAUUUACCAAUAUAUGGCUAUAGACGCAUAAUUUCCUACAUUGACCAUUCAAWGUCUGUAAGGACGCACAAUAGAUAUAUAAUUAUUAAUAUCUAUAGACAUACGUCAUAGUGGCGUUUCGGCGAUAGGUCGUGUUUCAGUAUUUGGAUUAUAAAAACAUUUUCGCCGGCAUGGAAAGGUGGAGCAACAGAGUGGCCAUCGUGACUGGCGCAAGUAGCGGCAUAGGGAAAGCCAUUGCCGUAGCUCUGCUGAAAUGCGGCAUGGUCGUCGUCGGUAUUGCCAGACGAGAAGAUCUCUUGGAGAAACUAAGCGAAGAAGUUAAUAGUUAUAGAGGGAAGUUCUAUUAUAAAUCAAUUGAUAUUAGAAAUGAGAAAUAUAUAACCGAAUGCAUUCAGUGGACCGUAACCAAAUGUGGAAGUAUCGACGUGUUGAUUAACAAUGCUGGAGUCUAUGAUGAAACUGAACUAUUUGGUGAAUCGAUGGACCAUGGGAAAAUGAUCAUGGAGACAAAUUAUCUGGCUGGAUUUAUUUUCACUAAAGAAGUUAUAAACGUGAUGAAGUUGAAGGGUAUUGAGAAUGGGCAUAUUAUCAAUAUAAAUAGCGUGGCAGGCCAUUAUAGGGCUGAACCAAUAAAAGCACUUAUUCAUAAUGCCAGCAAACACUGUAUAACAUUAACAACGGAGAGUAUUAGAAGAAUGUUGGUUAACGAAGGAAGUAAAAUUAAAAUAACGAGUUUAAGUCCAGGAGUGACUAUUAAAGAAUCGACAGAACUAGAAUUGAAAUCAAUCCCUAAUAUGACAUAUCUAGAAACAGAAGAUAUUGUUAAUGCCACACUCUACAUUUUAGGAACACCACCAAAUGUUCAAGUAUGUGAAUUGACAAUCAGAUCUGUUGGAGAAACCAUGUAUUAAUAUUUGAAUAACAUUUGUUUAAUUGCAAUAAAAUAUACAAAAACUUUAAUUACCAAAUUUUGUAUAA